AUGUCCCAGUGGCGAGGCAGUGAGGACGACGCGCCAGGUUCCAAGAACCAACCUGCCCAUAACCCGCCUCUCAACGGCCUUAUUCCCCGAGACUACCUAGGCGCGCGAUCCGAAGUGGCUUCGCGCCCCGGCGCUCCUGGCUCUCGGCAUAUUUCACCAUCACCACUGCACACCACUUCUCUCCCGAACUCACGCUUGCAAGAUUCUCCCUCGUCACAGAGUCCGCUGUCCCCCCGGUCGAGCGCCAACCCGUCCCCGUCCCAGAAUCGGUCGCCCAUUUCCCGCAUAGCCAAUGCACCGUUCCCGGCGCCUCCCUCGAAUUCUGUUCAGAAUCUCUCCCCAUCACCAGAUAUAAUAGGUAUGGAGUCGGGCAACGUUCCAAGACCCGGCGACGGCAGUAUUCCCAAACCGCCUGGUGCGGCUGACCCUGAUCGUUCCGCUUCCUCGUCCGUGAGCUCUAUACUGUCAGCACCCGGCGAUCGUCCACACCACCGCAUCAUGCCGCGCACGUCGUCCAUUGACUCUGCCAUUUCCUCCUUAUCCUCUGCUUCUCAAAAAUCUACAUUUGAUGCCAAUGCGUUGAGUCCAGCGGACAUUAAUAACCUAAUCAAUGCGGCCGGUUCGGCGGAGGCUGUUAUUGUACACCUCCUGAGAGAGAAGCACCAAGCAGCCUCCCAGAACUCGCAACUCUGGAAACUAGUGGACAAGCAAAGGACGCUUAUACUAGGUCUUAAUAAGGACCUCGAACGCGCCUUCAAUGAAAAAGAAAAGUACAAAAAGAAAUUGAAAGAGCUCCAAGACACCGCGCCGCCACUGCCAACCGCCGCCACUGCAAGUUCACUGCCUGGAUCAAAUGAAGCGGCGCAUCCUCAGCAAGCUACACCUGGACCGAUUGGCGAGCAACAGUGCGACAGGCGGCAAGUCCCACAACCGACUAUUAUACCCGCCCAAGCCGCAUCCAGAAUGCCCCUUGGAAGCACGGAUCUGAGUCCUACUAACAAUUUGUCGUCUCCGGUUGGAAGCGAUGGACAGAAACUCCCACACCCGAGUCGCAAGCCCCCACCGGCGCCUCUAGAUUUACGCCUGCCAAUGGAUAAUGUUCGCAAAGUGCAAGGGGACCCAGAUUCGGAAUCCGAUUAUGGCGAUUCCCAGGAGGAAAGAUCAAGCCUAGAUCGUGGAAGGAGAAAGACCCGAGAGGAAGAUGAUCGAGAUCGGGAAGCCACCAUCAAAAAGGAGAUAGAUCCUCAGGGAUCGGUGAGCACGGUCAAAUACGGAUCAUCUCAUUCCUCCCAGGGCACGGCCACAUCUGCUAGCCCGGCAACUGGUCCCCGUGAGCUUGCCACGAGAUCGCCACCGAAUGUAGGGGCCUCUGGCUCUCUGGGUUUCAUGCUCAACUCUCGCACAAAUCCUUCCCUUCCAAAUGGACGACCGAGCUUCCCUAACCCAAAGAGCCCCGGUUUACCAUUAAGCCCGAGGCCAGAGGACCGACCUCUCGGUUCGCCUUUGCCCCGCAUGCCUCGAGACCUCAAUUCGAUGGCGAGCCAGUCCAUGACUGCAGGUACGAACCUACCUGGUUUGCCUCUGUCCCCCAGAGCUGGUAAUUACCCAGCUCAGUUUGCCCCGAUACCAACAAUCGAUACUGCCGCGAAGAUAGACAGCCCCGGAUCCCUGCGGUCUCUUAGAUCAACUAUAUAUCAGGGAUUGGUGUCAGAUGAGUACCCUGGCUUAUUGUUACCACCAAACGCUCUUCCUGUGAUUCAAGUCCAAGUCUCUUCGUCCCGACUUCGACCAUCCAGGAAUAGUUAUAUGGCUCCAAAGCCCUUGGAGGAGGAGCCUGUUUUUACUCUCAGUGUAAUAUCUCGGGCUGAGAUGUCAGAACUCUGGCGAGUUGAAAAAGUCAUUGCAUCUUUGCCUCAGUUAGAUCACCAAAUCCGCCAUUUGGUCGAAUUCCCAGGAAGAUUACCAGAUCGCAGCAUUUUCAGUGGACACUCCCCUGCUAAGGUAGAUGCCCGGCGUGCUGCGUUGAAUGCAUACUUUGACAGUCUGUUGGAUACACCCAUGGAUGAAAAGGCGGCCUUGGUCAUUUGUCAAUUUCUCACUAACGACGCUAUCGAGCCACGAGAUGAUGAGACUAGCCUGCUUCAAGGCAAUAGCUCGACGCAGCCUGACAUGCCUCGAGGAUCUGAUGGCAGGCCUCGAAAAGAAGGCUACCUGACGAAAAGAGGCAAGAACUUUGGCGGUUGGAAAGCGCGCUACUUUGUCCUUCAUGGACCCGAGUUGAAAUACUUUGAGUCGCCAGGCGGUCCUCACAUGGGGACUAUCAAGCUGCACCAUGCUCAAAUUGGCAAGCAGUCACAGAAUCCUAGUAAUCAGAGCAAUCUUCCUCCUGGGCCAGAUGAGGAAGCUGACAAUCAAUACCGCCAUGCCUUCCUUGUUUUGGAACCCAAAAGGAAAGACUCCUCGGCCCUUGUCCGACAUGUGCUCUGUGCCGAGAGUGACGAUGAGCGCGAUAGAUGGGUAGAGGCUCUGAUGGAGUACGUCGAGAGCCCCUCUUCAGACAAUGAUAGUCGGGGCAGUGCAUCCAUCAAAAGCCAGCAGCAAACCCAGACGAGACACCAACAACCGUCAAGCAAUGGCAGCAAACCUCAGUCGUUACCCAACAGCGGUAGCAGGAAGCCAACUAGGAGUAUUGAAAGUCCUGACCAGGAAGUUAAGGCCCCAGUUCAAGGAUUCAGCUUUGACGACACCAUUGCGGCAGAGCCUCCGAUCCUUGGUUCUUCCCUUGAACAGGCCCCUCGUUCGCCACGCAUACCGGCUGCGCUCUCAACAGACUUCAGAGAUCUUAGUCAAUCUCCCGUCGAGCAAUCCUUGCAAUCACCCAAGACUAUCUCUGGUCCUACCAAUGGAGCUGUGAUCCAGGAUGUUGGAGCCUGGGGCAAUAAAACCACGAUGUCCACCAAAGAAAAGAAACGCAGCAUCUGGGGCUUCCGCACCCGGUCUUCCUUUGAUCUGUCGUCGCAGGCCCCGGCUGUUAGUGAGUCGGGCGCAUCAAAUACCAUCAUUCAAGCAGAACGCAAAGAUCCCAUCAGGCCUGUAUUCGGAAUACCCUUGGCAGAAGCCGUUCAAUACUGUGCGCCAGUUGGAGUAGAUGUGGAAUUGCCGGCUGUUGUAUAUCGUUGUAUCGAAUAUCUGCAUUCCAAGGAGGCGGCUUUAGAAGAAGGAAUUUUCCGUUUGAGCGGUUCCAAUGUUGUGAUCAAGGCCUUGAAGGAACGCUUCAACACCGAGGGUGAUGUGGAUUUCAUUGGUGGUGAUCAGUAUUAUGACGUUCAUGCUGUCGCCUCUCUCUUCAAGCAAUAUCUUCGGGAACUCCCAACAACGGUGCUCACCCGAGAGCUUCACUUGGACUUUCUCCGGGUUCUUGAGCUUGAUGACCGCCAAAAGAAAAUUACAGCCUUCAAUGCUCUGGUUAGCCGGCUACCAAGACCGAAUCUGGUGCUACUGCGGGCCUUGUCGCUGUUCCUAAUCGAGAUUGUCAACAAUUCUGACGUGAACAAAAUGACUGUUCGGAAUGUUGGCAUUGUUUUUGCUCCGACUCUAAACAUCCCCGCACCGGUGUUUUCAAUGUUCCUUACCGAUUUCGAUAGCAUCUUUGGUGAUAUCGGUUCCGGUCCAGGACCAACCAUUGAAUUAACUGUGGACAACAGUUUAUCCCCUGAUGACGUUCGUUCCCCUCGUCACCAGAUGUUCUCAGAUAUCCCGACCCCAUCGUACAACCAGACGUCAUUCCGAGGUCCAGGGGACGCCUCCAGUGGUCCCUCAGAUAACCCUCGAGCCGCCCAUGAUACGGGCUUUGCUCAUAUGCAGCCCAGCUAUGACCAGCCAGCUUACAGGAGCGACGCAUAUAACCAACACUCAGGUGCUUCGGCUUCUUAUGGUUCGUUGAACGGCAUGUUGUCUCCCGGCUCAGACGAUACUCGUUCAGCCAAGACAAAGCGGCGGGAGAGCUCAAUGCUCUUUAUGGAACACAACCCAGGAGAUCUUGCAUUCAACCCGGACAAAUAA